AUAUAUUUAGUUUUCACACGGCGUUGUAGUCUCGAGCGGCUGCGGCACAUUUGGGUAACAAUUGGAGUCCACUUCAACUAGUAAUAUAAAAUUAAAAAUCUGCCUUUUCAAUAACCAUGGCGAACCCUAAAGUUUUCUUUGACAUCUCCAUUGGUGGCAACAGCGCCGGUAGGAUUGUUAUGGAGCUGAGGGCUGAUGUUGUCCCCAAGACUGCCGAGAAUUUCAGAGCCCUCUGCACCGGUGACAAGGGCUUCGGCUACAAGGGUUCCGGCUUCCACCGCGUCAUCCCCGGCUUCAUGUGCCAGGGUGGUGAUUUCACCAACCACAACGGAACUGGUGGCAAGUCCAUCUAUGGCAACAAGUUUGCUGAUGAGAACUUCACCCUGAAGCAUGGGGGCCUGGGCACUCUGUCCAUGGCCAACGCUGGACCCAACACCAACGGUUCCCAGUUCUUCGUUUGCACUGCUGACACCGCCUGGCUGGAUGGCAAACACGUCGUAUUCGGUAAGGUUGUGGAAGGCCUCGACAUCGUGCAGAAGAUGGAGGGUGUGGGCAGCAGCAGCGGGAAGACCUCCGCCAAGGUCGUGAUCGCCGACUGCGGCCAGCUUUGAGUGGCGUCCGUCUUCGCUUCCAUCCUCUGCCCCAGUCCACCCUCAUCCAGACCUCCAAUUUAUUGGCAUUCCUGUUCAUGUACAUUUUCUUUUUGUUUUCUUUUUAAGAGCUACCACCCUUGUCCUUAAAUUGAAAAUACUUGUUCCAUGUUUGAUUUGUGCCUGGCCUUGUUUUUAUGCAUUAGGAAUGUCUUUUCAGGACCACAAAUUGUUUAACAAAAAAAAAUCAGGAUUAAAGUAGGAACAAGUUUCCUUGAAGAUCAAAUGUUUUCUUGUUUGUUUUUCUGCAAAAAAGCAUCUAGGUGUCAAUAGUGAUUACUUUUUUUUUUUUCUUUGUAAAAGGUUUGAGAAAUUGCAUUGCGGUGGUGUCUUAAAUCCAUAUUUGGAACCCUAGAAACAGAAUUGGAAUAAAUGUGACCGUGAACAUA